AUGGACACGCAUCAGUGGCCGCGCAGGUCGACGGAGAGCUUCGAGUUCUUGUCGCCGACGCUGCAGCAGAGCCAGUACCCGUUCCCGCCGCACGACUGGACGAGCCGCCCCAGCUCGACGGGCGGCCGCCACCAGCCGCGUCGCGGGUCGACGGCCAGCAGCAUGCACUCGGUCGGCGGCGUGCUGGACGCAGGCUUCAAGGCCCUAUCGGAAGAGCGAGGCCCGACGAACGCCGCCAUCGCGACCCUCCUCACGCCGCCCGUAAUGCGCACCGGCAUGCUGCCCUACACGGCCGCGCAGGCCAGCUCCGGCCACCGCCCGCCCUCGACGCGCGACAUCCCGCCCGUGACGCUCACCAACAUUGCCCACGUCGAGCCGGCCGCCUUCAACGCAUACCUGUCGCAGAUCGGCACCCUCUACGAUGCCUUCCAGCGUGCCCAGGCCGACGCCGACGCCGCGGCCGCCGCGGCCGCCGCCGCGCAGCAGCCGUGCACGGAGCCGCAGCCCGCGUCGACGACGCCCUCGCCCGCCGCCACGCCCAGCGGCGCCCCAAAGGCCAGGCGGCGCCAGAGCGGGUCCAAGCGCGGCCCGCCCGCCGUCACGCCGCUGUCGACGAUCCCGGGCGUCUACUUCGACGAGUCGUUCCGCCUCGAGAACCCGCGCACCUUUGACAUUGUGAGCGAGCGCUCCGAGGUGGUGCGGCCCGUGCGGCCGCCGACCAAUGACGCCGUCUACAGCGCGAACGGCACAGCAGAGGCCCCGCCGCCCUCGGGCAGGAAGGCGCUGGCGACCAAUGCCAUUCUGCAGGAGAAGCUGUCGUGGUACAUGGACACGGUCGAGGUGCACCUCAUAUCGGCCAUCUCCACGGCGUCGACGUCCUUUUUCGCCGCGCUCGGGUCGCUGCGUGAGCUGCAGACCGAGGCUGCCGAGUCGGUUGCGCAGAUCAAGGAGCUCAGAGAGGACCUCAGGAGGCUGGACGAGCAGAUGGCGAUAGGAGGGCUGAGGGUCGUUGGCAUGAAGAGGCGGCGCGAGAAUCUGAGGAGACUGACCGACGCCGUGGACCAGCUGCAGGCCGUCAUCUACGGCGUGUCGCACUGCGACGAGUCGGUCGAAAAGGGCGAGCUCGAGGCGGCCGCAGCGCGCCUGGUCGUCAUCGAACGACUGAUCACGGGCGUGCUCGACCCCUCGGAUUCGAACGUCACGUCCUGGCUGAAGACGCAGCUGCCUCGGCGACUCAUCGAUCUACGUGGCCUGCGCGCGCUGGACGGCAUCUUCGAGGGCAUGGGCGACAUGAAGUUCCGCAUAGGCAGGGGUUUCGAAGUGCGCUUCCUCGAUACACUGCUCGCCGACCUCGGCGAGCAUAUCAAGAACGUGCCGAGCCGCGAAACCCUCGAACGAUGGGUCGCUGCAUCGACAAAGGCGCGAGGCGCCCCGGCGGCGCCCAAGCCCAAGCUGAUGCCUGCAUACCUCACCACCAGCACAGAGUUUCGCUCAAAGUUACGAGCGAGCCUGCACGGCUUGAAUGACGCACAGUUCACGAACCAAGCUGCAGCGACUUUCAGAGAAGCCAUUGUAAAGGAGAUGAAGAUGAUCAUCCGCAGAUAUCUGCCCAGCUCGACAGACGACGAUGCUGAGUCGAUGACUUCUGUCUCGACACGAGGGGGCCGAGGGCAUAGCCAGCAGGACAAGAACUCGAUCCUAGCACGUAAUCUGCGAGCCAUGGAUGCCGCAGACGCCGAGGACUUCUUCACAAACAUCUUCACAGACAUUGGCGAGGCGUUGCGGCGACUCAGCACCCAGGUCAAGGUUCUGCUCGACGUCACGAGCGGCGUCUCGACACCACCAGCGUCUGCAGGAGGCCUUCGAUCGCCGCCGAAGAGUCCGUACAUGCAGAACAUUGACAGCUACAUGGAAGCGGGAUCCAAUGGUCAGAACGGCCUGGGCUCCAGCGACUUACAGAUGGAGCUCAUGCAGGCCCUCGACCUGUCCAGUCUGCUUGGUCAGGCCGUCGACGCUGCGCAGACACAAAUCACCAAACUGCUCAGGGUGCGCUCGGCACAGUCUGCAGAACUGCCACUCGAACGCUUCCUGCGCUACUUCAAGCUCUGCAGACUCUUCGCCGAUGAAUGCGAGGCCAUCUCUGGGCGCUCGGGCUCGGCGCUCAAAAGCGCAGUGAACGACCACAUCACCGCCUUUGUACAGAAAUUCUCCGACUUUGAGAAGCAAGAACUCGCAAAAGCCAUGGACUCGGACCGCUGGGAGCCCAAAGACUUCGACGUCUCCGACACCGAGGUGCUCGCGCGACUCCUCGGCAGCAUGGACGGCGACCCCCCCAACUGGGCAGAGACCGGCUCUGUCCUCAGCUCCGUCCCAGAACCCACCGCGAACGGCACAAACGGCGCCACCGAGGCACCAAAGGAAAAGAGCAAGACCACCACCCCUGCCAUUGUCGACGAAGAAAAAUACACAGUCUCCGCUUCUUCCACCUUCGUCCUGCGCGGCAUAGAACGCCACCUCAUCCUCCUCUCCCACAUCCCCAGCAUGACGUCGGACAUCUCCGUCUGCCUGUGCGAAUACAUAAAGCUCUUCAACAGCCGCCUGUGCCAGCUGAUCCUCGGCGCUGGCGCAAUGGCCACCGCAGGCCUCAAGAACAUCAACACCAAGCACCUCGCCAUUGCAAGCCAGACGCUGAGCUUCAUCAUCGCCGUAGUACCGUACAUACGCGAGUGCGCGCGGCGCCGCGCGGGCCCGACCCCGCCGGGCGGGAAGCCCGUCGGCACCGAGUUCGACAACACGAAGCGGCUGCUGCAGGACCAGCAGGGCAGCAUUCACGACAAGCUCACGGAUAUCUUGAGCGGCAGGGCGACGGUGCACAUGCGCGCGCUCAAAAAGGUCGUCUGGGACGAGGACGCAGAGGUCAAGCGCGAUGUCUCUGCCGCUAUGGAGAGCCUCACCAAGGACACCGUGACGAUGCACAAGGUCAUUAACAGGUACCUUGGCGAACUGCAGGUGCGGAUGAUCAUGGGCCCGGUGUUUGAGAGCUACAGAGAGCAGGUCGGCAAGGUCAUCAAGGAGGCGGGGGUCAAGACGCCCGGUGGCAAGGCUAGACUCGUGCGCGAGGCGAAGCUUUUUGAAGCCAAACUCGGACCCAUCGAUGGCGCGGGCAAUGUGGGCAAGUUCCUCAUGCAGCUCGCAGAGGGCAAGCCCGUUGCACAGCCCGCUGCCGACCCAGAACCGAGGAAGAGCGAGGAGAAGGCUGACGCGAGCGACGAGAAGGCUGACGCGAGCGACGAGAAGGCUGACGCGAGCGACGAGAAGGCUGACGCGAGCGACGAGAAGGUGGAAGACAAGCCCGAGCAGCAAAGUACUGCUACAUUGUAA